AUGGCGCCUUCAGCAACGACACAUGUGGCAGAGACUACCAUCGUGAAGAUGGAGAGCGCAAUCGAGACAAAAGACCUCAAUGAAAUCACUCAACUAGGCCACUUCCUCAAAGGCUCGUCGGCGACGCUAGGACUCACAAAAGUGAAGGAAGCGUGCGAAAAGAUUCAAAAUCUCGGCGCGGGCAAGGACGAGUCGGGCACGGUCAACGAGCCCAACGCGGCCAUCUCGUUAGCGAAUAUCAAGAAGACUCUGAUUGAGACAAAGGACGACUACAAGGAUGCUGUCGUGCGGCUGAAGCGUUUUUAUGGCGAGAAGGUCUGA